GCUGUGUGUGAGCCAUGCAGGCUCGGUCGGGGCAAAUGCAGGAGGGUGUGCAUGGAUGACGAGAAGAUUCAAGGCAAGUGCAAGCUCAACUUCUUCUGUUGUCGGCAGAGGCUCUGA